AUGCAUGGAAAUAACACAGGUGAGUAUGACAUCAGUGUAUACUUAAGUUUUCUAACUGAUGUUAUUAUUAUUAUUAUUAUUAUUAAUUGAAUUUAUAUACCGGUAUGUACCACCCUAUACCCACAGGUCUCAGGGAGGUUCACAGAAUAAAAUCAAAAUGUAAAACCACAAAAUACAUACCUUAAUCAAAAUAAAAACAACAACCCAAUAACCCUCCCCCCCCACCAAAAAAAAACCCCAACACAUUUUAAAAGGACAUACAAUAUCAAUCAAAUCAACCAAAGGCCAGGUUAAAAUGGAAUAUUUUUGCUGGCGCCUAAAGGUGUAUAAUGAAGGCGUCAGGCGAACUUCCCUGGGGAGAGCAUUCCACAAAUGGGGAGCCACUGCAGAGAAGGCCUUUGUUGUCACCCUCCGGACCUCUUGAGGAGGAGGCACACGAAGAAAGGCCUCAGAAGAUGAUCUCAGGGUCCGGGUGGGUUAAUAUGGAAAGAGGCGGUCCUUGAGGUAUUGCCGUCCUGAGCUGUUUAAGGCUUUAUAGGUCAAUACCAGCAAUUUGAAUUGGGACCGGAAACUAAUUUUAUGGCAUGCUCUAGAUCUGCAUCACAGAGAUGAAAAGUGGACUGUACAGAUGAAGCCAACCCAUACCCAUAUUCAUACUACUUAAGAGAGAGGGGUUUCAUUUGCCGGUUCUUGAAAAUAUUCAGGCUCAUGUUUUAAGUGCACACGGUAACAUCAGGCAUAUGGGGCUAGCUGCAUCCUUCUUGCCUAAUACAAAACAUUUCUACGCAAUUUGCAUACACAAUUGAAACUCACGUGGUUCAACAAUGCCCCUUCAAAGAAGAUAUGUAUAACAUGGAAACACCAGUAGUAAUGAUGACCAUAUUUCUUCAAACGCCUGGAAGAAGAGGUAUGUUUUAACCUGGCAUUGAACGGAUGUUAAUGUUGGCACCAAGCAGGCCUCAUGAGAGAUUAUUCCAUAAAUGGGGAACUACAAUGGAUGGGGAACCUCUCUCUUGCCCCCCCCGCCCCCCGAAUGUUUCUCAGUGGGGCCACCUGGAGAAGCGACUCAAGAGGAUGAAUGCUGCAUCUGCGUAUAUUCAAAGUGGCUUAGCCAGCUGUGCCAAAACCAGUGUUAUAUGUUCAAGCUGCUUUGUUCCCAUCAGUACUUUUGCUCCUGGUUUCUGCACCAGCUGCAGUUUCUGAGCCAUCUUCAAAGGCAGCCCCGUGUAUACAGACCACGAUAAUCAUUCUAUCUAUGAUUUAUCACACCAGACAAUGAAAAAUUACAUCAUAGAUUAGCAGCAUUGAUCACGCCAGUUUCCCCAGCCAAAAAAUACAUCACAGCGUUCAGUUAAUGGCAGCUUAGGGCAGCAAUAGUUUUUAAUUCAGUCAGAGCAACUGAUCUAUGUUUUAAUCCAUCUGAACAGUUUGGUUUGGGUCUGUUGGGGAAAUGCUACCGUAAUUCUGCCACAAAAGAAAAUAACAUGAUAACCCAUUGUGAACACAUUGCACAUUACAUUGUCCAAGGUGUUGCUGUUGUUGUUUUUUAAAAAAGUAAAUAUAUUGACACCUACCUGCUGCACCAUGCAUAGUGCCUGCAUUGCAAGAGGUUGGACUAGAUGACACUUGGGGUCUCAUCCAAUCCUACAAUUAUUUAGCACUUGAAUAUGGAAAUUUUUGGCAGAGUGUCAUGGUACUAUAGUAGCAUAUAAUGUUUUUUUCUUUUACCAGAGAAGCAGACAUAUUUUUACCAGCAUCUCUAGACUAGUAACUGAAAUAUCUACAAAUUAUGAUUUUUUUUUUUUAAAAAAAACCCAGAGUUUGGUGCUUUGUCAUUCUGUUUUACAUUUAAAAAUGUGGUUGCUGGAGGGCUUUUGCAUGCUGCAGAUACAAAACCAAACCAAACAAAAGCCCUGCAGUUGCCAUCCAUUAAAUCCAUCCAUUUAAUUUGCUUGUAAAAAGAUUAGUGCAAACAUUAACUGCAGUAAAUCGAAAACAAUUAGCCAUUCAAACAUCAUGCUGUAACUUUAUUAAGCUCUUAUCUUUCCAAAACAUUUGGUGACAACCAAACCAAAAACCUUGCAGCCAAUAGCUGCUCAAUUGGUUUUGUGUGUGAAGAGGAGGGACCGUCCUUCCAAUUCACAAAAGAAAGGCUGAACAAAAUCCUACCGUUAUUGAAUGCACAAACAAUGGCCAUUGAUUGAUAAAAGUUUAAGGGGGGGGGGUGAGACCUUCAAAUGAAGGUUAUUGAAAUUAACGGUACAUUUCUUAAUAUAAAUACAUCUAGAUUUUCAGUUUUUGGGUUACCAUCCUUGGUUGGUGCUUAUUAUAUAAAUCUUUAAAAUACAUAAAUAAACCCUGUGUCUUUACAAAGGGCAGGAAUAUUCCCAUAUUACACUGCCAACAGAUGCUGUUGUCUUCCAGGCCAUGUCUCCAAUUAACUCAGGGGUCAGCAAACUUUUUCAGCAGGGGGCCGGUCCACUGUUCCUCAGACCUUGUGGGGGCUGGACUAUAUUUUUUUUGGGGGGGGGGGGAAUAUGCCCCACAAAUAACCCAGAGAUCCAUUUUAAAUAAAAUGACACAUUCUACCCAUGUAAAAACACCAGGCAGGCCCCACAAAUAACCCAGAGAUGCAUUUUAAAUAAAAGGACACAUUCAUGUAAAAACACGCUGAUUCCCGGACCAUCCACAAGCCAGAUUUAGAAGGCGAUUGGGCCGGAUCCAGCCCCCAGGCCUUAUUUUGCCUACCCAUGAAUUAACACUUCAUUUUUGGCUUCCUCCCCGACCCCACAAGGUGGGGAAUAUUUAUUUUCCCACUAUGUUGGAAGAGAACAUUGACUAGUCUACCUUCCUUUAGGAAGUGUGUUGACACUCCUCCUUGAGACUAAAUAAGCAGCUGAAACAACAAUAUGAGUUAGAUCCAGAAUAACAGACCAAAUCCUUUACAAUUAUACCAGUGAGAGGAGAGACUGCUUUGCUGCAGCUGACAAUGUAUCUCAUGCUCUUUCUUUUAGUUGGCCCUAAAGACAAAGCUAGAUCUGAUGGAGGCGAUCCAGAAUUGAAUCUUUCUUUGCCUGAUUUCGUUUGCCCAAUUUUUCAUUUCCCUAAUUUAAAUCAGAAAAGCAGCCCUCAAAGCUUGUCUGUAUUGCGAACAACAACAGCAACUACAACUUUUUAAUAGCAUUUUCAAAUGUUCACAUGCAUCAUCUGGGUGUAAUCUGUACAACAGCCCUGUGUAAAUUAGUAUUAUUAUCCUCCCUAUUCUAGGCGGAGAAUAAGAGAGAGUGGCUUGCUUAGGCCAACCUGGUGAGUUCAUAGCAGAAACAAGAUUCACACUGGGGACUUUACAGCUCCAUCUCUUAGCCACCAUACUAUUAGGGUGGUAUGGGAGCGAUUCAUUUAUAUUGGGGAAAUGGUACAGAUAAAAGGUUUAGCCCCUUUAGUAUCAUGCCCCCCUCCUCCUCUCCCCAGUGCCCUGGCCCUGGUGCUAAUAAAGAGAGCCCCUUCCUCCUGAGCCUAACCAAUGAUUGCCACUGUGAAGAAGAGCAUAGAGUCUUUCUCUGUCUUCGGACAUAAUCAAUGGCUGUUACAGGGGUCUUUACAAAUGGCUUUUAUAAAGCCCCUUUGCGGGUAGAUGAGCCAGUUGGUGCCAUCUGUGUGUGUGCUGUUUUAUUAUAGAUGCUGAUGCUGAGAUGCAUGGAUUGAUACAUAGAUUGGUCUAUGUAAAUGGGGACUGGAGUAAAGGGGGUAUUGAAAACCCGGGGGGGGGAGGCGGGUAUGUUGAACUAUUCGUAACCAUUUUCUGUAUGCAAAAUACAGAGCAGUCAUCCCCAGCAGAAAUGCUGAUGUUAUUAGAAUAGAACUGCAAAUAAUCUUUAGCCAUUUAGAUCAGUUCAGGGGAACGAUGAGGAAAAAGAUUGUAUUCACUUAUAUUUAGAUACUGGAGACCAUCAUUAGCAUUGCUGGACUUCAAACAAAGAUCAGAAUAAUAAGAGCAUUCUAAGUUGUUGUUUCAUGAAACCAAUCUCUUAGUGUUCUUUAGAAAUUAUUUUAGUUUUGUGACGUUCUUUUUAAAUAAAUGGAUUUUGUGACUUCUUUGGAACAGGGGCCAAAAGCACGUAAUGCACUUCUGAAAUUGACAUGGGUCCUUGAAUGCAAACACUGGCUGGCAGCGACUCUACAAGGAUACAGAUGAGGGACAUUUGUAGCUCUGCUGCUGAGCUAUGGCCCUUUGUACUGAAUAAAUGUCACUCCUGAAAGUUCACCUUGUUGUAGAUAAAGGUCCCAACAACCUCUGCAUAAUGGAUGCUAAAAUAUAAUGCUGUGCAUGAUCAAAAGGAAGAAGCCAAUGCCACAGCAGCCAGAACCAUUUCAAGCUGUCCUUCUAUAGCAGUGCAUUAAGAUCAAUGCUUUACACAUUCUUGAAACUUGGUACAGUAUAUGUGAAUCCAGUACAAUCAGGAUUUGAUAUGUAGGCGCACAAUUUAUUAAAAGGCCGCUGAGUCUUUGGGGUAUGUGAAUAACAGAGGUGGAAAGAAGACCGCAAGAAAAAAUGGGCAAGGUUGACUUUGACCGAGGGGGAAAAAAUACUCGUAGCCAUGACUUUGAGUCUUAGUAGUGUGCCUACUUUAAAGUUAUCUAUUGAAUUUCACUUACAAUUUAAAACUUUUGAACCUUCUUUUUAAUGCCCUCUUUCACUCUUUCCAAAGUCGUUGUCUUGUUAGGUCUCUGAUAUCUCACUCUGCUACUCCUAUUCAUUCUUUCCACACACACACACACACACCCGCCACCGUGCUAGGACUCUUCUUCCUGUUAAUAUGAUCUCUGGCGUGCUUGCUCCCUUUUUUUUAUAGGAACAAUGGCAAGAUCUGUUCUUGAUCUUUCUUUCUUUUUUUUUAUAAGAUAUUUAUUAAGAUUUUCAGAAUAUUACAGAAUAAAAAAAAGAAAAUAAAAAUGGUUAAAAACAAUUCAUUCUUUCCAUUACUUAUCUUUCAUUUGCUUAUUUCCCGGACCUCCUCACGCCUCCCUUUUUUGUAUUCCAGUUCAAUUUAUUAGUUCAGCAAAUCCCUCCCCUCUUUGUAUAUCCUAGUCUUUAAUCAUAAAGUAUUGUAACAUUAAAUUUUUACCUAUUAAUAAUCCAUUUUUUCAUAUUCCCUUAUAACAUUGCAGCUAAAGACCACUUAGUUUCUAUUCAACAUCAUUCUAGCAUUCAUUAAUUUUGCAAUAUUUCUCUAAAUAGUCUUUGAACUUUUUCCAGUCUUCUUCCAUCAACUCUUCUCCCUGGUCUCGGAUUCUGCCAGUCAUUUCCACCAAUUCCAUAUAGUCCAUCACCUUCAUCUGCCAUUCUUCCAGAGUGGGUAGGUCUUGUGUCUUCCAGUACUUUGCAAUAGGUAUUCUUGCUGCUGUUGUGGCAUACAUAAAGAAAGUUCUAUCCUUCUUUAACACCGAUUGGCCGACUAUGCCCAGGAGAAAGGCCUCUGGUUUCUUCAAGAAGGUAUAUUUAAAUACCUUUUUCAAUUCAUUAUAAAUCAUCUCCCAGAAAGCCUUAAUCCUUGGGCACAUCCACCAAAGGUGAAAGAAUGUACCUUCAGUUUCUUUACAUUUCCAACAUUUAUUAUCGGGCAAAUGAUAGAUUUUUGCAAGCUUGACUGGUGUCAUGUACCACCUGUAUAUCAUUUUCAUAAUAUUCUCUCUUAGGGCAUUACAUGCCGUGAAUUUCAUACCAGUAGUCCACAACUGUUCCCAGUCAGCAAACAUCUUGUGCCCAUUUAAUCAUAGCAGAUUUCACCGUUUCAUCCUGAGUAUUCCAUUUCAACAGCAAGUUAUACAUCUUUGACAAAAUCUUAGUUUUGGGUUCUAAGAGUUCUGUUUCUAGUUUUGAUUUUUCCACCUGGAAACCAAUUUUUUUGUCCAAAUUAUAAGCCUCCCUUAUUUGAUAAUAGUGAAGCCAAUCUCGCACUUUGUCUUUUAAUUUCUCAAAGCUCUGCAAUUUCAAUUUGUCUCCUUCUUGUUCGAUCUGUUCUUGAUCUUUCUACUUGUCAUUUAAAAACAAAAAAACAGCUGUGUGCUCCAAUAAAGAAAAAGGGGCAUCAUUUUUUACUUUUUACAUCUGAUUCACUCCUAUGGAUACUUUCUUGGGAGUAAGCGCCAAUGAACUCUGUGGUGCUUACAUGCAUGGUUGCAUUGCACUGAGCUGCGCUGCUGGCAUUGUUGCUAUUUACAUCUGUGCUUUUCUUAGGUGUGCAUUUAACAAGGCUUCCGUUUUCUGAAACAGCACAGGAUCGAUCUCAAUCGUUGUAAGAGUUCAUUAAUGUUAGUAAAGCUUUGGGUAGCAAUGGUUAAAUGUGCUAUAUUCAUACAAGGUAAACUUGCAAUAGAGCUGAUGUCAUGUAUUGGCACACAUACAAGCAAAGAAGCAACUUUCCUCUUAGCAUGUGUGUACCAAAUGUUGUUAAUGCUGUUCUAUCUGUGCCCCUUAUGCCUAAUACCAGACACAACUUUAUAGGAGUCACGAUUCAGCUGUUUCAGUCUGAAAUACCUGUUAAUGGGCUGGAAAAGCUACGUGUUAGGUUCGAAGCAAAAGUUGAUCACACAUUAUCUGUUAAAUACCAAGGUGCUGAUUUAGCUUAGUAACCUUUACACAUGAGUGGCUGUGCCAUUAUGUUGAUGGGGAUGCAUGUUCAAACGUGUGUUCCACUGAAAACAAUAAAGUGUGGCUCAUGCUUUCGAACUGCUAGGUAGGCAGGAGCUGGGACGGAGCAACAGGAGCUCACCCUGUUGUGCGGAUUCGAACCGCCAACCUUCUGAUCGGCAAGCCCAAGAGGCUCCGUGGUUUAGACCACAGCACCACCCGCAUCCCUUCUCCAAGACAAGGCUUCUUCCUUCACUGCAACAUUUGAGACGUGUGCAUCGAAAGGAUGCACACGUGGAAUUAGGAGUGUGCCAUUAGGUCUUGCUUGUGGGCUUCCAAUAGGCAUCUGGAAGGCCACUGCAAGAACAGAAAGCUGGAUUUUAUAGACCUUUGGUUUGCUCUUGUUAGAGCCUUCUUAAUGUUCUUACGGAGCUGCUCGUGAUGUCUCAUUGAAAAAGGAAGCCUGUGAACAUCAAGCACCAGUUGAGCUUUCAAAAGGGCUUAAUGUGUGAUAGCGUAUUUAUUUUCUAUAUUGAUUUAUUUUCCAAUAGUGCAAGCUGUACAUAUGCAAAAUGUCCCAUACUGCUAGCUUUUGUUGAUACUAACAACCAAUGGAUUGUGAUGCUUCAAUACCAUUGUACUGAGUGCUUUGUAAAACCCUAGCUACAGCUUAAGCUUUAUGAAAUAGCCAAUUUUUGGUUCAGCAAGCCAGUGUCAAUGGCAGACAGUUGGGGAGCAGAGCUGAAGUCCAAAAAUGUAUUCUUGUGUUUCUACAAAUAAGGUCAUUUAUCACACCAUUUUUCUUUGUCCAUUAAUACCCAGAAAGUUUAUCAUUUAUAUAUACUCAUACAUUUUCCUUUGAAACAGUUGAAGCGGGUUAUAUUUUCUCUUCAAAAAUGUUAUUUCUCAGCUUGAAGUGUUCCACUUCAAUACAAUACACGGGAGAACAGUUGCAAUGAAGUAUGUUCAAAGCACAUUUUUCUUUAUUACAACGACAAGUUUGAAAAGCACCUUGUGAUUUGACAUCAUUUGGGAAGGGGAGGGAAAGUGCACUUUGCCGGCCGCAAGAUCUUACUUUUAUUGUCUGAGCAAUGAAUCUAAUAAUAAAAGCCAACUCAAUUGCCUUGCUGAACUAUAGACACAUCCUUCUUUUCAAUUCCAAGCACACAUGUCUGUCUGUGUGUGCACGUAAAUGUGUGUGUAUGCACACUCUCACACAGGGUUUCUAUCAUCAGAUGUACGUGUUGCAGAAGACUUGCAAACUGAAUCUAGCAGGGCAAUACCCUAAUCAACUGUCUCACAUUUAACUGGGGGUGAGCUGUUACAAUAUGACAACAUGCACUUUGUAUGUCCAAACAAUGCAUCAUAUGAAAAGAGAAAAAGCUUCUUAUUACUAAUGUACCAAUGAGUGAGGCAGAAGUUUACUGAAGAUAAAAAGCUUAGAUGUCUAACAAUGUGCAUUGUUUUGUUAUUGUUGCUCAUUUAACCCAACUAUGUUGGGUUCUAGAAGAACAGAUCCUAUAUUGCUGAACUAUCUGAUUAUAUAUAUUUGUAGAGCUUCCUCUCAAAGCUGCACGGCAAUAACGUUUCUUUCCUUUGUCCUCCAUGAAGAGAGAAGCGAACUAGACCAGAAGUUGCAUGCAAUCAAGUCUAGUCAACUUCGUGACCCCAUUCGCAAGUGUGGGGCUGGAGAAGUGGCAGCCAUUAAGUGUAAGGUAAAAAGAACUCUCCCUACCACAACCUCUCCCAUUAAGUGUAAUGUUAAAAGGCUACUAGGCGUUGAUAGCCUUGUCCUCUAUGAUUUUGUCCGAUUGUCUUUUAAAGCCACCCAAGUUGAUGGCCAUCACUGCCUCCUGCAAAAGUGAGUUCCAUAGUUUAAACUACAUGCUACGUGAAGGAGUACUUUCUUUUAUCUGUCCAGAAUCAUCCAGCAUCCGGCUUCAUUGGGUUAGUCCACAAUUUCUUCCUGGAAGCUGAACCUGGAGCUGAUGCACGUAGACUGCAUUGUACCACAUUUGGCCCCUUUGUGUGUUCUGGAUAA